AUGUCAUUAAUGGGUGGGUAUGCACUUUAUGCGAUUCAUGCAGCUACGUUGAUUCACCCAACGCUUCUUACGACGACCUAUGACUUCUAUGUCGCUCUUUCACUUUCUUCACGCAAGCAUGUUUUGGCGUUUAUUGUCGGUAUCUGCUGUAUCAUAUACUCAUCAACCAGGAAAAAAUUGGAUCAAUUGUAUCUUCCAAAAUCAAGAUUGUUUAUCAACAGGUUCUGCAACUUGUCCUUUGCUAUCAAUACCUAG